AUGGCAGAAGCGCAAAGACCACGAAUUUCGAAAGAGGACCUUCGUCGAUAUUUUGACGAAAGAAAUCUACAAGUCCUACCUGAAUGUAACGAAACAUCUGGCCAAAUUUCUGUGGAUUUCGCCGUGCGAAGUCUAACCGGAACGAAGUACACACUUCGUUUGUAUAUCCCCGAAGAUUUUCCUCUUUCCAAUCCAACACUAGCCGUUGUCCGACCACCUAAUCUCCAACAACGAAACGGAACUGCAAUUCCUGAGAACGCUGCAGAAUUCCAAACACUUGGUCGAACGCACGAAGGAUUUCAACGUAUUUCGCCUCGCUAUUCUACUACUAAUCCUAAUGCUGGCAUUUUCAUUCACCAAAUUGUUAUGAAUGGUACACUGUGGCUUAAUGCGUACGAACAGCAUGCAGCUACUGGUGUGAUCUUGGCUCAGUAUAUUCAAAAGUAUCGUCAUGCCGAAAACGAAAGCCAUUCGGCUCCCAUGCAAUUCUGGUCGGACGCACAAGUGAGGCGUUUAGCUCUGGAAAGCGACAGCUUACAUGAGUAUUUCGGUCGGGGAAAGGUUAAUUGGCGCAACGAUCGAAGGGCUGUCGAUGUCACAAUUACAUCAUCGCAACAGAAAACGUAUAUACUCCGAGUUCAUUUCCACCACGAUUACCCAAAUUCCUGCCCAAGUCUCGCUAUCGUUUACCCAGAAGAGCUUUUCGAAGAAAAUGGCCAACCACUUCCGCUCCAUUCCCAAGAGUUCCGGACCCUUGGAAAAAAGGAUGGCCGUUUCAUGAUUUGCCAUUUUGCACCUAGCGAAUGGAUGGACAAUUGUAAAACUACAAGAGUCGUUAUGAAGGGACUGGCGUGGGUGAAUGCCUAUGAACAAUAUUCAGGGCAAAAUGACAAAAGUUUCCAAGAUUGCCUUCGUGAGUUAAAUCAAUGUAGUGAAGAGUGUGCGGAAUGA